CGCAAUCAUUGAGUCCGACGAAUCGACAGUGAUAAUGGGCGUCCAGGUGGAGGAGUCCAAGAUCGGCGCCAUGAUCGAGAAGGCCAAGUUUUACACUUCCGUCUGUCUGGGCACCACGGCGAUUCUCGCAGUCUUCGCUUUCUUGUUUCUGAUACCGUUCGUCGUCGAGCCAGCGAUAACGACCAUACUAGCAGAUUUUUCGCCGCAUGCGGUCGCCUGCGUGACAACGAGUCACGUUUACGCGGAGGGUCUCAAGAACUGCUCGUGGGCAAGUUGCAGAGAAGGUUGCACCAGUGCCGCGAUUCGUUGUCAUCAGAUUAAGGUCAACUAUACCAGACUCCCGUACGAGGAGUUCGUGGCAAAGCCAUUGGGCUCGGUGCCGUGGGACGUCGCCGACACCGAAUUCUUCGUGAACACGGAAGGUUGCGGUUACCCGCCCAGGGUUAAUUGUUCCACUUUCGCGAAGAAAUACGCCUACGAAAAUACGGGAAAGAUAUUUCCCUGCUACUACAGCAGAACGCAUCCAGAAACGGUUGUUGCAAGAUAUUCGUGGGAUGAAAAUCUCAGGCACUUGGUGUUGGCCUUGAUCGUGCCCAUAGUGCUCUUCGCCGCGACGCUCGGCGUGCUAUGCUACUGGUAUUGUCCGCCGAUGGGCAAAACCUGCGGCGGACCAGGUCGCAAUCUCAUCGACAAGUAUGCUAGAAAGGAAGAGUAAGUCAUCUUGGCAGAGGACGAGUUCGAGGAAGACGAAGAGGAAUACUGACUGCUACCAAGGGCUCACCCCCCGGCACGGGAGUGAUGCCAGCGAAAUAAUCUCCGAAUGGCUCCAGCGUACUUUACCUUAUAAAUUUAAGCGAUCGAGAGUAAUAGUGUUUUUUAGAAGAAAAAAAAAUUUGCCGAGAGCGAGCAAAUGUGUCUCGUUGUUAUUGCUUCUUACGAGUUUACUUUAAACUAUGCUUCUAACGCUGCAUCCGACUUGUUUUGUUCUCUAAAUCUGCUCUGGAUCAUGCUUUCAAUAAAUGAAACGUACGUCUAGGUUUAUGCCAGUGAUAUAAAAAUAUUUUUCUCUUUUUCUCUCUCUCUUUCUCUCUCUCUCUCUCUUUCUCUUUCUCGACAUUACGAUUGUGCACUGAGAUUAGUUGUAUGCACUUAUUCGAUAUAAAAAUAACGUUGGAUUUACAUAAAUAAUAAUUAGCAAAAAUAAAAAGUAACAAAUCGAAGACCAUCAUUCGUAAAGAAUCGCUCGGCGCGAGUCUUUACGAAGAUUAGACCUUAAAUUUAUGAUGUAAAGUAGGCCGUGGAUGUGAGAGCACGGACUUUUCAAUCAUCUAUCAGUAUUCGAUGAGGUAUCUAGUUCGAAACACAUGGCAGUGCCAUAAUGUAUUAAUAAAAAGGAAAUAAUAUGUUAUACAUUGCAAAUUAAUUCAAUUGAUAAUAUCAAUAUCGAAUGCUAAUGUCUGUUAAAUUAUGUAACAGCAUAUAUUCUGAAAUUUUGUAGAAAUCAACGACGGACUUCCGUGUGUUUCGGGCUUAACCGUGAUAGAGGCGCGCCUUCCUAUUUACGUGAUAAUUUAAGCAAAAGAAUAGUUUUUAAACGGCACAGAUUUUAGGUUUUUUACAGCAGCAGCAUCGGGUUUAGACUAAGUUAUACGGCCGUGAAUUUACGACUGAAGUCACGUAAGCUGCCCUUUCGCGAAGUAUCGAUGGAAGCAGUGCGAGCUUGCGGCUCGGCGCAAUUCAUUAAGAAACGGACUCAAAUGCGGACUCUGAUAGGGCUAAUCGCGUUACUCGCUACACUAUAUCACUAUUGUUAUGUUUCCGAAAUUACUAUUUAAUCGUCCCUUUCUCUAUUCGAAUCAUAAGGAUAGGUUACUUCCUAUUUUGCAAUUUUUCUUAAAUAGACAAGCUACUUUUGUAUAUUUGAGAAAUGCAUAAACGAUAUAUUUCAAAAAUUGAAAAAGAAAUUUUUUCUCGUAAUUAUCUUCUCGAGAAACAGAAAAAGAAAACAAAAUUUUGAUGAUGUACAUUUUAUAAAGACUCUAUCAAAGGAAAGCAAUUCAUUCUUGAUAUCACUACUGACAUUCGAAAAAAUGAUACAAACGUGAUGUAUCGAACUUGUAAAUAUAUUCUAUGAAAGAAAAAGCGUGAAGCAAGUGACGUGAUUCGCUUUCAAAAUCCGCUUCCGCACCAAGAAACGUAAGUUAAGGCUAGACCGUAAGUUAAGUCUGUGAAUAUUACCGAUCGUAAUACAAUCGCGAAAUCGAUAUAAGAGUUGUUACGAAUUUUGUACGCGGACGCAAAGGUCACAUCGUGGAUUCUAGUUAGAGAAAAGAUAUAUAAAUCUAAAGAGAGAAUAUGCGCGUGUUAUAUAACUAAUGCAAAAAAAAAACGCACUUGAGAACGCUGACAUGUAUCGUGCGCAUAGUUUAUAGUCGCAUAUAGAGAUAUAAAAAAAAAACUUUUAAUUUGAUUGUUGCAAGGAAGCGCGAACUACGUUCCAUAAGCUACGAAACGACGUUGUUCACUGUUGAAUUCUCAUGAAUCGUUAGCAAUAAUUAAAAAUUAAAUUAAAAAUUAUAAAUAAACUAAUGUAGAUAAUAUAAAAGUUAUUUUUAAUUUUGAUUGAUGACGUUACACUAAAAACAAUAUGAGUAUGUAUUAGACAAUUGAAUUCAUUCGAUUUAUGAUGAAUGAAGAAAUUAAUAUUUACAAUAUUUAAUUAGUUAAUUUCUCAAAAUGUGUUUCUCGGUUUUGUCAGUUGGUAGUUGAGUUCUAUAAUUAUUUUUUUUUUUUUUGAAAAAUGCUACGGAUUGUAUGUUUUAAUAACGUUCGUUUCUAAGCGUAUGGAAAGCAUGUCGUAACCCUUUACAUCAUAGGAUGGUUGUGAAUCCUUACUCGGCCUUACUCUAGGUGUCCUUGAUGUUAGAAGUUGCUCCCAUGAGGCAGCAGCUUCCCGUGGACCCUGUGUUUUGGCACUCAUUCCCCACUCAAAGCUUGCUAGUCUAAUUUCCGUUACGACUGAUCAUCUGAUCGUCUAUGAAUUGCGAAUGUCCAUCGAUUUCAUCCCGUAUUAACUUAACGCAAUUUCGUCCGAUUCAAUUCUCUUUCAUCGUCAGACAAUAUGGAUAACUUUAAAAAUGCGAAUGUUAAAUUUGAAUCAUGUGUGGUACAUUUGGAUGACAUUCAAAAGAAAUCAAAAUUAAAGACCAGAUGAUCUUAGAUGAAUAUUGCGUUUGAAACACCAUCGGAGCAUCGAAAUACAAAUCGAAAGACUCCUUUUGUCUUCUCAUGCACUCUUUUUUUGCGACGACUCUUGCUCAAAGAUGCUCACAAUCAACGAAACGACGGCGCAAAUCAAAUUCACGUGUAUCCGCUUGUCGCGCUUUUCGCAAGUCGCAAAAAUUGCAAUUUAGUUUGCCGUCAAGUCAUCGCAAGAUUUUUCAUCUUCGGUUAGAAUUAGAACUCUUGUGUGAUAUUAAAAUUCAAGCUUUCAAGCGAAACACCAAGAAAGCUUUUACGCGGACAAUCUAGAAACGGUGAUUCGCGUAUAGUCGCAACUCUCGCAUCACAUAUAUCGGUUCUAGUGCCAAUUAAAUUCGCUAGCCCGACUAGCCGAUUGCAAUCGUCGUAGACAGCAUUUUGAUAGAAUAUUGCGAGAGAAGAUUAUGUAUUAUAUAGAGACUGGGGAUCUCAAGCAGAUAUGGCUCUUUUCAUUGGAUCACUUAUGCAUGGUUUUGUUCUAUGAAGAAUUUGAAAUUAAAAAAUUGAAAUCUCUAAAACUUUUUUUAAUCUUCCAGUAUUCGGAUAAACUUUCGAUUGAAUUUUGUUUUAAAUAAAAAAUGUGAAAAUUGAUUAAAAAAGAAUAAUAGCGCACAUAAAUUUUUAUCAUGAAAGUAUUCCGAGUAAAUAUGCUUAAUCUGUAAAAACUAUUCUGGAAGAUAUUAUCAGAAAGUUUAUUAAUCAUGAAUUAUGUAUAUAAAUAUUUAAGAAGUGCAAAUAUUUGUUUAAGAUCCCUCUAUAGAUAGGUGAACAAAUUCUAGUAUAAUUCAGAUAAUUUAUAUGCAAGAGCGAAAAAUGUAGCGUAAAAAUUAUUCAAGCGAUUUUAACUAACAAGUAAUUUAAUCCCGCACGAGUUGAAUAAUAAAACGAGAUAUUACAAAUUCUAUUUCUAUACACGAUCUAUAUAGCUAUUAUAUUUGAUCUGAAAGUAACGAUCGAGCCGAUCGAGCGCUGUUUGGCUUUGAUCGAUUCGAAACGCGAGUGCAUGCACACAUAUUAUUACAAUAAAUAUUACAAUAAUUAUCUUUACAUAUUAUAUGUCCUCUCUCGUAAUGUUAUUUGACUACUGUAAUAGUACUCGCACUUACUACAGCUGGAUAUUUAUAUCAUGCCGACAUUAUUUCCCUCUCUCUUUUUCCUUAUAUGCAAAAAGAUCUAUAAUAUAUUAAUAUAUGAAUGAAGAAAUAUAUAUAUAUAUAUAUAUAAUAUAUAUUCUUCGAGAUGCCUCCUUUCUCUCUACUCAGAAAUUUUCAAAUCGUUCACUGUUUCAUAAGCGUAACUCUAUCAUAGAUAUAUAUAUUGUACAAAAUACAUAUAUAUAUACAUAUACGGUAUAUGUAAACCGUGCUCAUUCUGCGAUAAACAAACGGACUAUUGUAAAUAAGAGAUAUUGUACGACUUCGUUUAAAAUAUAUAAAAAUAUCGUUUUC